UUGCAGAUAUCACAAAAUCAAAGAUCAGACUUCCUUACUAUCGGAUGGAUCGAUUUCCACCUCUAUGUCGGCGCCGGUUAUAACAAAUUACACAAGUGCCAAAAAUAAUAUAAACCAAAAAUGGGAUUUCGAAUGCCCUCCAACCGGACACUGGGAAACAUAUGCGUUUACGGCGCGGUUGCUUCCAUUUCAGCGGUCAUGUACAUGCGCUGGAAGUUGGAGGACCGCGUAAAAUCCUGCGAUUACUACAAACUGGCCAUCAGUGCCCUGCGGCACCACAAGGGAGCUGUGAAGCUGCUGGGCGAACCUAUUAGAGAGUCUGGCAUUGAUCUUUCCAACGCAAAUAACAACUGCAAUGCGGAGAGGGCACAAUUGGAGGUCUCAGUGCAUGGCAGCAAGGACAAAGGAACCCUGUACUUCUGGGCGUCCAAUAUGCCAGACAAAGGCUGGCUGAUUGACCGACUAGAACUGGAAACGAAGAGUAAUCCUGAUAAGCGUUUCCUGCUCAAGAAAUCGGAGGACGAGACGACUCAGCAGGAGAACUCCACGAAGAGGAUCUAUGAACAGGCGCUAAACGAACACCCACAACAGCCAGAUAGGUUGUAGAAAUGUAGUAACAAUUUUCGAUUUAGUUAGUUUUAUUCUCAUUAAAUUUGACUAAUUCAAGCAA